UUUAACAGUUGAUUAACCGUGGCACUUCUCGUUCGCUUGACUGGCCGUAAUUUGCAAGAAAUAAUAGGACCGAAGUAGAAACAGUCGCUUUCAAGACACACCAACAACGACGACUAAAAGACACGACGGUGGUGGGAAAUUGCUGUAUAUAAAUAUUGUUUCAAAACCAAAAUUGCAUCAAUUCUAUAUUUUCGUAUUCCCGAAACCUCACGUUCCAAAAUGCUUCGGAGAAGCAUUUUGCUUCAGGUAUGCCUUCUUUCUGUGAUCGUAACAAGUCGUUGUCAAGAACAAAAUUCGGAACAGAAUGCCGAAAAUGAAGAAAUCUUUGGGUACGUUGAUAAUAGCGAUCACUCCAGAAUCCGAUCGUUGGACGGCGACGACGACGACAGUCCAGCCAAAAAUUCACCCAUCGAUUACUCUGGAUACUUUGCAAGUGGCGGAUCGUUCGGAGCCUCCGAUAAAGGCAACCUAAAUGUCCCACUUCCGAAAGCUCUAGCUCCCAGCUAUGCCUUUGGGCAAGCGUCUGAAGCCAAAGACUUGUUGUCUGAAGCUCCUUACAAAGCUCUCGACGAGCAAUCCGACGACGAAGACAAAGCGUUCACAAAAGAAGAUAUAAUAGACAAAGAAGCUGUAAAACUCGACGAUACUCCAUACGACUACAAAUCCUCUUCCCUAACAAACCUUCCGUCAUUCGACACCUCCAUUUCCAACAAAGAGGCCGUUCCUUCUGGCAAACUCAGCUACUCUCCCCUCGGAGCUUCGGACUACUCCUCCUUCGACGAUUUCAAUUAUCAACCGUCUUCGUCGUCCUAUAAUCCUUCACCAUCUUCGUACAUUCCUUCCCGCUAUUUCGGCUACAUUCCAAAAUCAGCGCAUGACGAGGCUCACGCGAGCGAAACCCAACCCCAGAAGGAAUCCCGCGACGGUUGCGUAGAUGUGGACAAAAAAAUCGACGACAGAAUGAUGAGAUGCAGCGUGUGCACCGACGCCAAAGGAGGCCAAAGUGAAAACUGCGCUUACGCAGCACAGCCAAAGACUUACUACAACGAAAAGCAUUACUCGUCCAAGGCGCCCGAAAACAUUCGUCAAAAGAGAAGUCGCAAGAGCGUAAUCGAAGAUCCUUACGAAUACAUAAGAUCGCGAAACGCUUACAAGUCCAGACCUAAAGAAUUCGACUACAGCUACUAUAAUUCCAAAGAGGACGAAGAAGAAUCCAAAGAAUCCAAAGACUCUUACAACUACGACUUCAAUCCAAACGACUACGUCUUCGAAAAGAGCACGUCGGAAAAAGAGGGCGAAAAAAUGGUCAAAGAGGGCAAAAACUGUCAACAAUCAACCAAAGAUGGUAUGACGUGCACGGUAUGCGUCAACCCAGAAGGAGGCAACUUUGAACAAUGCUCGUACGCCGUGGAACCGAAAGAAAAAAAAUACGCUUACGUGAAAGAAAGCAAAUUCGACGGCAACGGAAAACCUGUGGUCAAAGAACGACUGGCAACAACGGACGGACAGAAUCCCCACACCCAAGCAGCCACCAAACAAAUUGUAACGAAUCAACCAGCACCAACUGAACAACAAAAACCUGCACAAACGGCAAGUGCCGGUUUUCAAAUGAGAAACGUUCCGUCCCCGUUCGUGAAACAACAACCCCAACCAGCCGCAGCAGCUCCCCAGCCAGCCCUCCUCCUCCGUUCCGCUCCGGCAUCUCCAACCAUUGCUGGAGCUGCAACUGCACCAGUGCCCAGCAUGGUUGCAAUGGCCAGCGAUCCAGAUGCUGAAUCCAUCAUAGACCAAGAACACAAAGCCUUGGUAGGCAGAGGUAAAGGCAAAGACUUCGACGACACCAAAGACGAGCAUCCGUACGAAGCCUACGAAUCUGCAACGGACGAAGAGGCAGUGAGUGCUGAAGAACUUGAUGACGAAGACGUCAGUACAGCUGUCAGUAAGGAAAAAACCAGGUCGGACGAUGAUGAGUACCACUUCAAUUUCGGAGAUGUUUACAAACCAGACGCCCAAACGAUCGAGAAAAGCGUUGCCCCGGCCAAAGGUCAGCCAGGAGAUUAUUUCCACACGGACGAAUCGAAAAAGGACGUUGAAAAGGUGUUUGCAGAAUUCAUCAAGAAAGAUCGCUCCAAUUGCAAGCAAGUGGCCAAAAAGGGUAUGACCUGCUACCUCUGUUUAGACAGCAAGGGCAUACAGAACGAAGAAUGCAUGUACGUUUCGGAAUCCCAACCAAAGAACACCCUCAUGGCUUACCACGAAAUGCAGCACACCAACCAGAAACCGGGUGUGGUCCCAGCUCCGACUGUAGAAUCCAAAGCAGAAGUACAAAUGAUGCCUCAGUCCACUGCUGCAACCGCUGUCCAGCAACAGCAGCAACAACCCCAAGCAGCAGCAUCCAGCUUAGUGGAAACUGUAAUCAAAUACGUUCCAACCCCCGCUUCCGAAACUAAGCCAAUACCAAUCAAGAGAAGUAUAGAAAGGAAAUCGAAAACUCCUAAAAAAUACCAUUCCGACGUGGCAGCCGCUGCAAGUGAAAAAGACGAAGAAGAAGCUGAAGAAUCCGAAGAGCGUGACGAUGACGAAAGAAUGGACUCUUCGGAGAAAGACGAUCCAGAAGUAGAAGAAAGGCAGAAAUUGAAAAAGAAUCCAAACGAUCCCGAACCCCAGUUCGACAUGCACGAUGAAGAGGGACUAUUCAAAGAAGAAACUAGACCAGUUUAUAGUAAGGCUCUGGGAUAUUCGUUACCAAGAUUCAUGUUGGAACGAUCUGAACAUGAAGAAUCAUACGACGAAUUUGUAAGAGGACGCAAUAAGAACAGGGACUAAAUUAAUAUUGAAUUGUUAAUUUAAGUUUAAUAUACAUAAAAACAUACAUUUAUGCGGGAACAAAACUCGUCGUUAUUAUGUGAAAUCCUGUAAAAGUGAGUUAACACAAAUCGAAACUGAGACACUGAACGUUUUAGAUCUAACAAACCAAAACAAAAAGCAAAAACGUAUACUACAUCAGACAAUGAGACAAUUGACU